AUGCCUUCAAACAGCUUAGCGGGGCUGUGGUUUUGGCUUUUCUUUGAAAUACAGGUUAAGGGAUGUGUGGGUCAAACAGCUGAAGGGAGCCAACAUCUCCCGUUUUCCUCUUUGCAUUCAGAGUUGCUGCACUUCACAGAUAAUAGUGAAUAUGACAUUGUGACAGCAUAUGAAGUAAACCAAAAUGGAGAUUAUAUAAGCCAUGCAAUUGCACACCAUGAAAGAAGGAAGCGAUCAACUUCAGGGAGAUCAACUGAUUCAUUACAUCUCCAUCUCCAAGGAUUUGGCCAUGACUUCCAACUUGAUCUUAAGACCUCCAAUUUUCUUGUGGCACCUGGAUUUACAGUACAAACUCUGGGCAAGGGGAGAAUCAAGUCAGUACAGACAUUCCCAACUGAAGACUUUUGUUUUUAUCAAGGCAUUUUGCGAUUGCACAAAAAUUCAACUGUAGCACUUUCAACAUGCGGAGGCUUGUUAGGCUUGAUCAGGACGCAGGAAACGGAUUACUUUUUGAAACCACUACCUCCAAAUAUUGCACUUAAACAUAACAUUUCUGUUCCUGGUGGUCACCGUUCUCAUGUACUGUAUAAGAGAUCGACUGAACCUAAACUAGUCGUCAAUAAUAAUGAGGUAAUUGGGACUGAUGAAAGUCAGCAAGAGGCUCACAAUUAUGUCUUUCAAGAUAGCCAACCAUCUCGCAAUUCUGAGUGGCGUCAAAAACAGCACUUUUGUGGAAGGCGUAAAAAAUAUAUGCCUCAGCCUCCAGGUGGAGACACCUAUAUCUUGCCAGAUGAAUAUAAACCUCUGCUGAGAAACAAGCGAUCUCUUCUGAAAGCGCAUAAGACCAAAGAAUUCAAUGUUGAGACUUUGGUGGUGGUUGACAAAAAGAUGAUGCAAAACCAUGGCUAUGAGAAUAUUACUACUUAUGUUCUAACUGUACUUAAUAUGGUUUCUGCAUUGUUCAGAGAUGGAACAAUUGGAGGUAAUAUCAACAUUGCAGUUGUUGGCUUGAUACUUUUGGAAGAAGAGCAGCCAGGCCUUGUGAUUAAUCACCAUGCUGACCAUACCCUGAGUAGCUUUUGUCAGUGGCAGUCUGGGCUGAUGGGAAAGGAUGGCAGCCGCCACGACCAUGCAAUUUUACUGACUGGCUUUGACAUCUGUUCCUGGAAAAAUGAGCCUUGUGAUACUUUAGGAUUUGCACCCAUAAGUGGCAUGUGCAGCAAAUACCGCAGCUGCACUAUUAAUGAAGAUACUGGACUUGGACUUGCUUUUACUGUUGCUCAUGAAUCUGGACAUAACUUUGGCAUGGUCCAUGAUGGAGAAGGAAAUAUUUGCAAAAAGUCUGAAGGUAAUAUUAUGUCACCCACACUAGCAGGACACAAUGGAGUCUUCUCCUGGUCAGCUUGUAGUCGUCAAUAUCUCUACACAUUUCUAAGCUCUCCUCAGUCCUUAUGUCUUGCUGAUCAACCUAAACCUGUGCAGGAAUACAAGUAUCCAGAGAAACUUCCAGGGGAACUUUAUGAUGCAACUAUUCAAUGCAAAUGGCAGUUUGGAGAAAAAGCUAAGCUAUGCAUGAUGGACUUUAAAAAGGAUAUUUGUAAAGCAUUGUGGUGCCAUCGAGUUGGUAGAAAAUGUGAAACCAAAUUUAUGCCAGCUGCAGAAGGUACAAUCUGUGGUUACGAUAUGUGGUGCCGUGGCGGCCAAUGUGUGAAAUAUGGUGAUGAAGGACCGAAACCAAUCCAUGGACAUUGGUCUGAGUGGUCUAACUGGUCAUCCUGUUCUAGAACCUGUGGCGGAGGUAUAUCUCAUCGAGAACGAAACUGUUCUAAUCCAAGACCUUCGCAUCGAGGGAAAUUCUGUGAAGGUUCCUCUCGGAUGUUGAAGCUUUGUAACAUUCAGAAGUGUCCCCCAAACAGCAUUAGCUUUAGAGCUGCUCAGUGUGCAGAAUUCAACAGCAAGCGGUUCAGAGGCUGGCACUACAAGUGGAAACCAUAUACUCAAGUAGAAGAUCAAUAUUUGUGCAAACUAUACUGUAUUGCAGAAGGCUUUGAUUUCUUCUUUUCUUUAUCAAACAAAGUAAAAGAUGGGACACCCUGUUCGGAGGAUAGCCGCAAUGUUUGUAUUGAUGGUAUUUGUGAGGUGGUUGGCUGUGAUCAUGUCUUAGGUUCCAGUGCUGUAGAAGAUGCUUGUGGAGUAUGCAAAGGAGAUAAUUCAAGUUGCAGAAUGUACAAAGGGCAGUACACAAAACAACACACUACAAAUCAAUACUACACAUUAGUCACAAUCCCUGCUGGAGCAAGAAGCAUUAAUGUGUAUGAGAUGAAUGUAUCCAACUCCUAUAUUGCUGUUCGUACUUCCAGUAAAAAAUACCACCUCAAUGGCUAUUGGACUGUUGACUGGCCUGGGAAAUACAAAUUUGCUGGGACUCUGUUUGUCUAUCAAAGACCACAUAACCACCCAGAGACAUUAAGUGCUUCUGGACCUACAAAUGAAAGCGUUGUAAUAGAGCUUCUCUUACAAGGUAAAAAUCUAGGAAUUUCAUGGGAAUAUUUUCUUCCUAAAGUGGAAACCGAAAAAACAAAAAUAUUAAAACAUAACUAUACGUGGGCCAUCAUCCGUUCUAAAUGCUCAGUCUCAUGUGGAGCAGGUCAAAUGGUGACAAAAGAAACCUGCUACAAAGAUUUUCAAGUACAAGUCGAUAUAUCUUUAUGUGACCACAAGAGUCGACCAGCUACUGGAGCCAUCCCUUGCAAAAUGCCACCUUGUCCUCCCAGCUGGUCUGUUGGGAACUGGAGUGGGUGCAGCUUGACUUGUGGAGGAGGAGAGAGGUUUCGGGGUAUUCACUGCAUGCAGAGAAUUCAAUACGAGCCAGAAAGGGUAUCAGACUCCCUUUGUCAAAUCCCUGCCCCAGUCACCAGGGAGCUAUGUAACAUUCAAAGAUGUCCGCCUACGUGGAGCACCGGGCCAUGGUCUGAGUGCUCUCGAACAUGUGGGAAAGGCUGGAGGAAAAGAACUGUUCUGUGCAAAAGCUUCUCUUCCUCUCACUGGGAUCAAAUUUUACCCGAUGCUGCUUGUGCCGCAGAACUGAAACCAAAGAUGCAAGAAACCUGCCUCCUGAAACGAUGCUAUAAAAACAAGAAACUUCAGUGGUUUGUGUCUGCAUGGACCGAGUGCUCUGUGACAUGUGGAAAGGGAAUACAGAGGAGAACCCUGAACUGUGCUGAAAAAUAUCUUUCUGGAAAGUAUCGAGAACUUGCCCCUAAAAAAUGUUCCUAUCUUCAAAAACCAAACAUAGAGAUGGAAAAAGUUUGCAUCCUACAUCCUUGUUAUAAGCACUCUGCAUAUUUAUUAAUAAAUCAAGGCAGCUGGUUUUCCUCCUCUUGGUCUCAGUGCACAGUGACCUGUGGAGGUGGCAUGCAAGUGAGGUCCGUUCAGUGCCUAGCAAAUGGGAGAUCAGCCACCGGAUGCCUCCUGUAUCAGAAGCCCAUUGCAUCACAAGCCUGUAAUAUAAACUUCUGUCCUCUUCCAGAAGCAAAAGAUGUCUUCUGUAAGGAUUAUUUUAACUGGUGCCACUUGGUUCCCCAACAUGGCGUUUGUAGUCAUAAUUUCUAUGGGAAGCAAUGCUGCAGGUCUUGUAUCAAUUCUAAUUUGUGA